AUGUCCGAUUUUGACGUAGCCUCGUACAAUGGUGGUGACGAUGACUUGUAUGAUGACUUCGACGCUGUCGAAGGUACCGAGACCGCUGGUGCCGAGUCUGGCGAGGAGAGGGAGCUCGCACUGGACCAAGGGGCGCGUGGUCGAACCUAUUGGGGCUUCACAUUGACUGAUGACGCCUCGGCCGCUGAGGCUCUGAGGAAUUGGGUCUCGUACCUUCCUGCUACUCAGAUUGAUCUGGUAUCUGAUAUCGGUGACAGUAGAGGCAUCUAUGUGGUGCAUAUGGAGAGCCUCCUCAUCAACGUAUUACAAACUGAAAUGCCCAAUUUCGAUAAGCAGCCGAUCUUUGCUAAGGCCUUAUUCUCUAUAGAGCGAUGCCUUUCCAUCUUAGAGGAGCUUCGAGGGACUGCUGGUAUGCGAUUGGUGUUCUUUGAUUGCUUCGAGGUGUUGUAUCGGACCAAGGCGAGUGUCUACUGGACACUACGAGAGGCUCUUCGUCUGCACCUUCUCGCGACUAAGCCCGCUUUGGUCAGGGUCUUCAAGGACUGGGUCAACGACUCUGCUUGGACCGCCUUUGUGGAGGAGCAGGGCGUGGCGUUUAUGGUUUGCGGCGAUAAUGAUGUGCCCUUCGUUGCCCCAGAGGAUGAUGAAGGGCAACCUAUGAUGCCCAGCGAUAUGGUAGAGCUAGCCCCAGGGCUCCUACAGUGCCUAGCUCUUGAUAUGGUUACGAAGCAUCAAAUUCGUGUGGCGAUAGUGAGCACGAUGGAGAGGCGCGUGCAUAGGCUUAUGUCGGUGACCAUCGGCCCAGAGCGAGGCCACCCUGAAGUCCUUGCUAGGGUCACCCCCGUAGUAGAAAGUCUAUUCAGCACUCUGAAGGAUGAUGAUGAUGAUGAAGACGAGGACGAGGAGGAUCCUCAAGCGUUCGUAGAACAGAUAGAAGGGGCGGUUGAGGACUAUACUAAGCAGUUCGGUCCUGAUGGGGGAGUUCGGGGCUUCAUCACUCGAAUCGGUCUGGAGCAAACCCUGCAGGAGUGCAUAUCUCUAGUGGAGGAAGAGGAGGAUGAGGAGAUUGCGAAUGGUCCGAUUGAACUGUGUUUGGUUUUUGCCAAGGUCGUGGCGGCUUGUGAAGUGUUGCUGGAGGAGAUGCCUCUUCAUGCUCGGUCGCAUUGUACAUUUUCGGACGAGGCAUUCACGUUGGUCUCCUCUGGGGACAUCUCUAGUGCGCUGGACGAUUUCUUCGUGAACUGCCGACUUGUCCUCACGCCUAUGGCGGACUACAUGAGGACUAACCCCGAGUAUAUGGCAGGAGUUGGUCUGAAGAAUGAUAUUUCCGAUAUGUUCGAUUCGAGGCUCUUCCGAACGGUCCUGUACUUGGUCCUUGCUGCUCCCGAGAAGGACGGUGUCACAUUUGACCUCGGGAGGAUCUUUGGUUUCCAGGGAAGGUCCUUAACCACCUAUGAGAGGUAUUGGAAGUCUAUAGUCGGCGAUAUUGAGUUCCCCGACUCACUGGCUGCGCACGCGGAAGAUUCCUCAAAGGCGGUGCUUUCGAUCAAAAUGGAAGUGCCAUGUGCAGAUGAGCUCCCGAAGGAGCCGGCUGAGGCCCCAAGUCCCGUGCUAGUCCAAACGACAGUGCCGUUGGUUGAUAUGAUAGUGAAAACGGCGAAGGACCCUAAGGUGGGCCAAGCUUUGACUAAGCUGGAGAGAGAUGAAGUGGAGGUUCUGGGGGAGGAGUUGGAGGAUUAUCCGCAAUCGCAGCCGUUCGACUCGGUAGAUGCCCUGUUGAAGAAACACGAGAAGGGAAAGUAUACGAUGGAUAGCAAGUGGUUGGAAAAGCUCCCUCCUCAUAAGAGAGAGGCUGCGAGGAAGAAGUUUGAGUUGAGGAUGAAACAGAGGGGGAUGUAUUCAACUCAUAUGUAUUCGAAGUCGCUGGUUGGUGCGGACAAGUUGCAUCACCCCAUUGUUAUGACGGAGGAGGAGCAGAAGGCUAUGAAGGCAGCGAGUGAUAAGAGUACGCAGAAGUUCAGUGCGAAGGCUCAGCUGAUCAAAGAGAAGAAUGAAAAGCAGGCGUUGGAGAAGCAGAACGCGAGAGAUAAGGAGCAGAUGGAGCCGCUGUUGGUGAAGGCUGAGAGGCUUGGGGACAUGGGUGACAGGCCUCCGCGCGAAAUUGAGAAUUUCCUGCUGGACCUUGUUGCGGGGUUCGGAAGGAUCCUCGAUAGCUUUGACGGCUUUAAUGGUAUUUCACAGUCGGUGAAGCUCCGCGAGAAUCAGAUGGUGGUGUUGUUCGCGGUAAUCGACAAUUUGAGAACAGCGUUGAAGACGGUCGGGAGGGCUCUGGAGAUUGAUUCCUCUGAGGCGUAUUUGUUGGAAACACGACGACUCGUUGCACGGUGCAUCAAACUUGUUUGUGAUGUUGUAAAGGCAUUUGGUGGCGAUAUGGGCCCUCAUCACAUCAAGAAAGUGCAGCAACUGCUCCAGACGGUGGGGGCCAAGAGGGUUAAUAAGAACGUGUUUAUGUUCUGGAAACAGCAUAGGAUACCCGUGUUGGAAGAGAAGAUAGCGGAGCUUGAAGUGGAAGCGGAGGCGGCGGCUAAGCAUGAGAAGAAGAGUAAGAAGAAGGCGAAGGAGAGCGGUGAUGCUAAGAAGGGCAAAAAGGGUAAGAAGGGUGUACCGGAGACCCCAGAGGAGAAGUUGGGGGCGGCGAAGGAGGAGUUGGAGGAUAUUGAUGAGAACUAUAGUGAAGUCCGCAGUAAAAAGGUGGCAGUUGAUGUUAUUGGAAAGGAUGAGUAUUUGUUUAUGCUGUAUCAUAUGGGCCAGGAUAUGGAUCGUCCGGUUGGUAAGAAGGCGGAUGAUCGUGUGUUGUUCAAGCCCGAUGAGUGGCAGAGGCAACUACUAGAUGUGGUUGAUAAGAAGGAGUCGGCUUUGGUGUGCGCCCCUACCAGUAGUGGUAAGACGUUUAUCUGCUAUUAUGCAAUGGAGAAGGUUUUGAGGCAAAGUCACGACGGUGUUGCUGUUUAUGUGGCUCCGACAAAGGCUCUGUUAAAUCAGGUCUCAGCUGAGAUAUAUUCGCGAUUCUCCUCCAAGACUUACCCUAGUACGGUUAGGAUUGAGCUUGCUGGAACCUUCGCGAAGGAGUUCUCGGAGUACCCGAUGAGUUGCCAGGUCCUCGUGACUAUCCCGGAGGUGUUUGAGCAAAUCAUGUUGGCGCCGUCUCAAGCGGAGUGGGUGAAGAGGCUGAGAUAUGUCAUCUUCGAUGAGGUCCAUUGCAUUGGUGAGGCGGAGAAUUCAGCGGCUUGGGAGCAUCUAAUGCAACUAACACAUAGCCCUUUCCUGGCCCUGUCUGCUACAGUCGGCAACCCCAAGGGCUUCUGCAACUGGCUCAACAGUGUAGCAGCUUCGAAUCACGGCCAGAGGGUUCAUUUGGUGGAGUAUAAGGAACGUUUCAAUGACUUAAAGAAGUGGGUGUACAUAUCGGGCUCGGGGCUGUUCGAACUGCACCCGAUAGCGUGCUUGACGUACCUUGAUGUGAAUGACGGUUCCCUACCAUCUGAUUUGGUGAUGACCCCUGAGGAGGCAGCUGAGUGCUAUGUCGCUCUCAAGGCUGUCAUGCUGGAUCAAAAGAAGGACACUAGGAGAUCGGAUAAGGAUAGGGAGCUCAUACGUUCCCUGUUGGAGCCCUUGGAACCUAAAAUUUUCUUCAAGUUUGUGCGUGGGUGUAUCAGCAAGAGACAAUUCAGAUGGUAUGAGAAGCAGUUGAGAGCAGCACUGUCGACGAUGUUGAGGGAAGGUGUAUGUGAUUAUGAAGACUUCAGCGAUGUCGUGGGUAUUCUGCGUAACCCUAGUGCUCGGGGGAAUCCAGUCGAGGAAAAUAAGAAGUGGAGAAAGGUUGCUGGUGAGGAGGAUAUUUUGUCGACUGAUGCCUCCUCUUGUGGUGAUGAGGAGACAGGGGUUGAUAAUGAUGGAGUUGAUCAUUUGGCGCCGCAUUUAUCUGAACUUGGUCGAGAAGCGACCUAUCUUCGUCCGGCACGUACUAUCCAGCUCAUACGGGAUCUGCAGGAGCUACACCUCCUACCUACGCUUAUCUUCAACUUUGACCGACACGACAUUAUGGCGAUGGUGAAGAGAUGCACUCAGUACCUCGCUAAGCAACAGUAUGCCAAGUAUCACGGUAGCGAGGAGAGGGACCAUCGAACUAAGAUGGAGAACAAACGCCGAAUGGAGGUCUACAAGAAGAAGGUCGAACAGGUGAAAGUGAUGGAAAGGAUGAAAGCGAACGAUGAGGAUUUCGAUCAAACGGUGUUGGACGAGUUGGUGCCGAAGCCUAUCCCCGUUGAGGAAGAGUAUGAUCCUGAGUUUUACUUCUGCGGUGUGAAGGCUAUGAGCGAUCCUGAUGUUGAGGAACUUAUAAAAAAAUUGGAGAGAAAGUCCUCUUUCCCGAAGGUGUACAUCGAUGCGUUGAGGAGAGGUAUUGGUAUGCAUCAUGAGGGGUUGCCGGCUAGCUUUAGGAAAACUGUUGAGAUCCUCUUCCGUAAGGGCUUCUUGCAAGUGGUUGUUGCUACUGGUACGCUAGCGUUGGGGAUUAACAUGCCCUGCAAGGCGACAGUCUUCGCGGGCUCAUCGGUGGAGUUGAAUGCUCUUAUGUACAGACAGAUGGCCGGUCGAGCUGGAAGAAGAGGAUUUGAUUUGUUGGGAAACGUCAUUUUCUUCGACCUACCAUUCAGCGAUAUAAGGCAACUCCAAGGGAGCCACGUGCCGUUUUUGAGGGGAGACUUCUCUUUAACGCCGACUCUGGUCCUCCGAGCAAUCCAGUUGAGGCAGCGUUUGAAGGCAGAGGGUCGGCUCACAGUAGAGGCUGAUAGGGCUAUUAUGACGAUGAUGACGAGGGCCUUGUACAGUAGCGAGAUGAAUCUGGCUAAUGAGGUUUGUUAUGUUAAAACGGUCGUGCUCUUCCGUUACACUGUGGACUUCCUCUUGAGGGAGCAUCUUAUUCGGCCUAAUGGUGACCUCAUCGGCUUGGCCCCGGUGGUGACGGCACUGUUCGAGAGGGAGCCUGAUAAUCUGGUGCUGCAUAGGCUGUUGACGAUGCCGGGCUUGGAGGAGAUAUUAAAGCGAUGGAAAAAGGAGGAAAGGAAGGCUGAUGAGACUACUCAUGCUACGUAUAAGCUACUACAAGUACUCUCUUGCUUUGUAUUGCCAUGGCCACAGCUACGACACGCUAAGGAUCGGGUUAUUGAGAAAAGGAGGAGGCAUCAGCCGACAGCAAGUUGCCCGGUGCUCUAUAUGAAAGAUCUCGAGCCUGAGUUCCGAGAGCUAGUUCCAAAGUAUAACGCUGCUGUUAAGGAUGAGCUACUUCGAAUGGCUGUGCUGAACUUCAAGAUGAAGGGGAAGGUUGCCAACGAUGAGCGCUCGUUUGAGUUGCCAUUUACUCGUACUGAGUUCCGUCGGUCUUUUGGUGAAGACAUCUGGGCUGAUGAUUCCGCUGUGAUGGGAGCUCUUAUUAAGUCUAGGGUGAAGUGUACGGUACGUAGCCCCUUCAGUGCUCUCGAUGGAUCUGGUGAUGCAUUCGAGACAGUUCAAGAGUUGAUUCGUAACUGCCGACCGGGUUUCUCGAUGGACCUGGGCAAGGUGCCUUACGCCCCCUUUGGUGAUGGCUACCUGUCGAGUUACAUCACUGACUUCUUUGUCCAUGGACGGUUGGAAUUCCUGCAAAAGGACAAUCUGCUGGGGGCAUCCGAGAGCUGGAGGGUUGUGCAUGAUUGGGUGGAGACCCUCGAGUGGCUGGAUACGGUGUUGGAAUCGAUGACACGAUUCGAAGCCCCGACGUUAAAGGCGGUAGUGAAAGAGUUGCACAGCACACUUGACAGGAAACUGUACGACGAGAGCACUAAGUAG